AUGAAGACGAAAUGGUGCGAUCUGUUCGUGCUCGGAUUGAUGCAAUGUGCUGAGGAGGUUGGACUGUCUCGGAUGCUCGAAGCGAUGAACAGUCAUCUGGCAGCUUGCAGUCGCGUCGGUAAGUUGCGUUUAACUUAUUUUGAAGCAACUCAAAAGCAUUUUCUACAGAAUAUUAGGCGCGUAAGAAUAAAGGAGUUCAUCUGUGAGACAGCCAGCAGGUUGCUGUUUUUGUCAGUACACUGGAUGAAAGAAGCUCGAACAGGAUUGAAGCCAUUCACACUGGAGUCAGUGAUGAAGACGAAAUGGUGCGAUCUGUUCGUGCUCGGAUUGAUGCAAUGUGCUGAGGAGGUUGGACUGUCUCGGAUGCUCGAAGCGAUGAACAGUCAUCUGGCAGCUUGCAGUCGCGUCGGACAGCUAAAGCCGGAAAAGUUUGAAGAAGUCAGUCAGCAGAUCAACUUUCUGUUGCUUCUGGUGAAUCGUUUCGCCGAAGCGAAGCUCAGCCCGAUGGAAUUCGCCUACCUCAAACUAGUCUCGUUCACUUCUAAUGACAUUCCAACGUCGACAUGCGCCAGUGACACACGGCCCUUGAACGUGACUGCUUGCCAGGAGCUGUACGAGCAUGUGAUGGCGUCGUCAUCGAGUGAUGACUCGACUUCUGAAGACAACGAGACUCACGUGACGGCGACUUCGGUCGGCGCGGCUAUCGAGAGGUAUUCUCGACUACUGCAGCUGUUGCCGAAUCUGCGGUGGUUCCGUGAAUCGGUGCUUGUCGAGCUGUUCUUUUCUGGCCUGAUCGGGAACCUCUCAAUUGAGACGGUGAUUCCAUUCGUGUUGAAGAUGGAUGUGAUGAACGUAUUCGAGCCAUCUCAAGGCUCUGAUUCCAUUCUUCCAAGCGCUAGUUUAGCCCGAAUCCUCUCCGGCAACUAG